UCAGCCUGUCAGGUUCUGUUUAAUCUCUGUCCCUGUGGUUUGACCUGUUCCAGAAUGUCAUGUCAUGUCAGUGACCCACAGUACGUGCCCCUUGAGUCUGGCUCUGCUCUUUGGCAUCUUGCAACUCAUCCUGGUGUGGGGGUGUCAGGAGCACAGUCCUUCUGUUGCUGAGGCGGCUCCAUUGUGUGGCUGUUCCAGCUGUUUUAUUCCUUCGCCAGGUAAAGGAGAACUUUAAGCUGGAUAAAAAGGGGGGCGAUAAUGCACCAUGGCAGCGGGCCUCAGAAUGUCCAGCACCAGCUGCAGAGGUCCAGGGCCUUCGCCGGCAGCGAAGGAGAGGAGCAGCAGGCCCAUCCAAAUCCCCCCCGGCCCCCCGCCACACCCUUCGCGCCGUCGGCGAGCCCGUCUGCACCCCAGUCACCCGGUUACCAAGUUCAGCAGCUCGUGAAUAGGAGUCCCGUGGCUGGGCAGAACGUGAGCAUCGCCCUUCAGAAUGUUGGACCAGUGGUGGGAGGAAGCCCACAGAUCACGCUCGCCCCUCUGCCGCUCCCCAGCCCCACUUCUCCAGGUUUUCAGUUCAGUGCCCAGCAGAGGCGGUUUGAGCAUGGAUCUCCGUCAUACAUCCAGGUUACCUCACCGCUGUCCCAACAGGUGCAGACUCAGAGCCCCACCCAGCCCAGCCCUGGGCCGGGGCCAGGCCUGCAGAGUGUGCGGGCGGGCGCCCCUGGCCCUGGCCUGGGCCUUUGCAGCAGCAGUCCCACCGGGGGCUUUGUGGACGCCAGCGUGCUGGUGAGGCAGAUCAGCUUGAGCCCGUCCAGUGGCGGGCACUUUGUGUUUCAGGAGGGCCCGGGCCUUGCCCAGAUGGCUCCAGCAGCCCAGGUUCAGCUGCAGCACACAGGGACUCCCAUCACAGUCAGAGAACGGAGACUCUCGCAGCCCCACGCACAGUCCGGGGGGACCGUCCACCACCUGGGACCCCAGAGCCCUGCAGCCUCGGGCGGGGCCAGCCUGCAGCCGCUGGCCAGCCCCAGCCACAUCACCACGGCCAGCUUGCCACCCCAGAUCAGCAGCAUCAUCCAGGGGCAGCUGAUCCAGCAGCAGCAGGUGCUGCAGGGACCGCCGCUGACCAGACCUCUGCUUCCUGGGGUCGGAGUCGGGGUUGGGGGUACUGCAGCAUUUGGGAUGACGUCCCCACCUCCCCCCACCAGCCCUUCCAGGACCACAGUGCCCCUGGGCCUCUCCAGCCUUCCUCUCACGUCUGUGGGGAGUGCGGGGGUGAGAAAGGCUCCCAAGAAGUUGGAGGAGAUCCCCCCGGCCUCCCAGGAGCUGGCUGAGAUGAGGAAGCAGUGCCUGGACUACCACUACAGAGAGAUGGAGGCGCUGAAGGAGGCCUUCAAGGAGUAUUUGAUCGAACUAUUUUUCUUGCAACACCUUCAAGGGAACAUGAUGGAUUUCUUAGCUUUCAAGAAGAAACAUUAUGCCCCGUUACAAGCUUAUCUGAGGCAGAAUGAUUUGGACCUUGAGGAAGAAGAGGAGGAGGAGGAGGAGGAGGAAGAAAAGUCUGAGGUUAUCAAUGAUGAGGUAAAGGUUGUGACAGGAAAGGAUGGGCAGACUGGUACUCCUUUUGUUAUAGCAACCCAGCUUCCUCCAAAUGUUUCUGCUGCUUUUUCAUCCCAGCAGCAACCAUUUCAGCAGCAGGCCCUCGGAGGGACCCUGGUGGCAGGGACUGGAAGUGCGGUAGAAACGGACCCCUUUAAGAGGCAGCAGGCCGGACCCCCAGCAGAGCAGUCUAAGAGACCUCGACUUGAAGUGGGUCACCAAGGGGUAGUUUUCCAGCACCCAGGGGUGAAUACAGGAGUUCCUCUUCAGCAGUUAAUGCCGACAGUUCAAGGAGGAAUGCCUCCCGCCCCUCAGGCCGCUCAGCUCGUGGGACAGAAGCAAAGGCAGCAGCAGUACGACGCCUCCACGGGGCCUCCGGUGCAGAAUGCCGCCAGCCUGCACACUCCGCCGCCGCAGCUCCCCGGCCGGCUGCCCCUGGCCGGCCUCCCCGCUGCGCCUCUCCCGUCAGCGCUGCCGUUUGCUCAGCAGCCGCAGAUGCUAGAGCCUCAGGCACAGCUCCAGAUCCCAGUGAAGACCCAGCAGGCACAUGCCCCUGUCCCCGCGCCCCUGCCCAGCCAGCUCCCCGCGCCUCCUCCGCAGCCUGCACAGCCAGCCCUCCGCGCCCCGACGCCCGGGAAGGCGCAGGCGCAGGCCCCUCAGCUUUCAUCGCAGCCCCAGACGGCGGUGCCUGUGAGACCACCUGUGGACCCCGCCCAGUCCUGUCAGCGGCCCCUGCCUACCUCGUCUUCUGCAUCCAUCGCUCCCACGAGCAGCUUGGGCUCGGGACCCUCACCUGCACGGGCCUCCCCAGUGAAUAGACCCUCCUCAGCAGCCAACAAGUCACUGUCUCCAGUCACCUCCCGGUCCCCGGGGGCAGCUGUGUCGGCCCCCCCGAAACCGCAGAGCCCAGCUCAAAAUGCUGCCCCGCCUCAAGAUGGUUCUCAGGAUAAGCUGGCAGAACAAAUAGCACUGGAAAACCAGAUCCAUCAGCGAAUAGCAGAUUUAAGGAAAGAAGGCCUGUGGUCAGUGAGGCGGCUGCCGAAACUGCAGGAGGCCCCGCGCCCAAGAUCGCACUGGGACUACCUGCUGGAGGAGGUGCAGUGGAUGGCCACGGACUUUGCCCAGGAGAGGAGGUGGAAGGUGGCUGCUGCCAAGAAGCUCGUCCGGACCGUGGCACGCCAUCAUGAGGAAAAGAAGCUUCGUGAGGAGAAGGGAAGGAAAGAAGAGCAGAGCCGACUGAGACGCAUAGCUGCCUCAACCGCUAGAGAAAUAGAAUAUUUCUGGUCAAAUAUUGAACAGGUUGUAGAAAUAAAACUACAAGUAGAGUUGGAAGAAAAAAGGAAAAAGGCUUUAAAUUUACAGAAAGUUUCCAGAAGAGGAAAAGAGUCGAGAUCUAGGGGACUUGAUACAUUACCGGAAAAUUUUCUGGAUUCGGGAAUAUCUGGAAGAAAAAGAAAAGCUAGCACAUCUUUAACUGAUGAUGAAGUGGAAGAUGAGGAGGAGACAAUUGAAGAGGAAGAAGCAAAUGAAGGGGUUGUGGAUCACCGCACAGAACUGUCUAAUUUAGCCAAAGAAGCGGAAUUGCCCUUAAUUGAUUUGAUGAAGUUGUACGAAGGUGCCUUUCUGCCGAAUUUCCAGUGGCCCCAACCUAAACCCGACAGUGAGGAGACGAGCGAAGAAGAAGACAUGGAGGACUGCCCGGGUGACCGGGAGAGCCGGAAGGAUGUGGUUCUCAUAGACUCGCUGUUCAUCAUGGACCAGUUUAAAGCUGCAGAGAGAAUGAAUAUCGGGAAACCACACACAAAGGACAUCGUGGAGGUGACUGCUGUGGCCGAAGCUGUCCUGCCCAAGGGCAGUGCUCGGAUCAGUACCGCGGUGAAGUUGAACGCCCCAUCUCUGUUGUAUGGUGUGCUCAGAGAUUACCAGAAAAUCGGCCUGGACUGGCUAGCCAAACUCUACCGGAAGAAUCUCAAUGGCAUAUUGGCAGACGAAGCUGGGCUUGGUAAAACAGUGCAGAUCAUUGCUUUUUUUGCCCACCUAGCUUGUAAUGAAGGCAAUUGGGGCCCUCAUCUUGUCAUUGUGAGAAGCUGUAACAUACUCAAGUGGGAGCUCGAAUUGAAGCGAUGGUGUCCUGGGCUCAAAACCCUCUUAUAUGUUGGCAACCAUAGAGAACUCAAAGCAAAGAGACAGGAAUGGACCGAGCCCAACAGCUUCAACAUCUGCAUCACAUCCUACAAGCAGUUCUUUAAGGGCUACGCCUCCUUCACGCGGGUGCGGUGGAAGUGCUUGGUCAUCGAUGAGAUGCAGCGCGUGAAGGGCAUGACCGAGAGGCACUGGGAAGCUGUGUUCACCCUGCAGAGUCAGCAGCGUCUGCUUCUGAUCGAUGCACCUCUGCACAACACCUUCCUGGAGCUGUGGACCAUGGUGCACUUCCUCAUUCCAGGCAUUUCCAGACCCUACCUGCACUUCCCUCUGAAAGCCCCGAAUGAGGAAAACCAGGACUACUACCAUAAAGUGGUCAUACGAUUACAUCGGGUGACACAGCCAUUUAUUUUGAGGAGAACUAAAAGAGAUGUAGAAAAGCAACUGACAAAGAAAUACGAGCACGUUUUGAAGUGCCGCCUUUCUAAUCGACAGAAAGCCUUGUAUGAGGACGUCAUUCUGCAGCCUGGAACCCAGGAAGCACUGAAGAGCGGGCACUUUGUGGACGUGCUGAGCAUCCUCCUGCGGCUGCAGCGGAUCUGCAACCACCCUGGGCUGGUGGAGCCCCGGCUCCCGGAGUCCUCCUACACGGCAGGGCCGCUGCAGUACCGCUCGGCCUCCCUCAUCCUGAAGGCACUCGACAGAGACUCUUGGAAGGAAACCGAUCUUUCUAUAUUUGAUCUAAUUGGCUUAGAAAAUAAAAUGACUCGCCAUGAGGCGGAAUUGCUUUGUAAGAAAAAGGUGACUCGGAAACUCAUUGAGGAGCUGUUCACUGCACCGCCCCCGUCAAACAGACCUGCAGCCGUCAGACUGAAGCCCAGCAGGUUAUUUCAGCCUGUGCAGUAUGGCCAGAAGCCCGAGGGUCGCACUGUGGCUUUCCCCAGCACACACCCGCCCCGGACAGCGACCUCUGCCGCAGCCACUGCCACUCCACAGGGCCACGUUCGAGGACGGCCACCGAUCGCCACGUUCUCUGCAAAUCCGGAUGCAAAAGCGGCAGCAGCCCCGUUUCAGACCUCUCAGGCUUCCACCGGUGCUCCGAGACACCAGCCCGCCUCGACCUUCAGCACAGCACCUAGCCCAGCCCAUCCUGCGAAACUGCGGGCCCAGACCACUGCCCAGGCCUCCGCCCCAGGCCCGCCCCAGCCCCAGCCCCAGGCCCCCUCGCACCCGGCGGGGCAGAGCGCGCUGCCUCAGGGGCUGGUGCUCACCUCGCAGGCCCAGGCGCGCCUGCCGAGUGGGGAGGUAGUCAAAAUAGCCCAGCUGGCUUCACUCGCGGGACCGCCAAGUCGAGUCGCCCAGCCUGAGACCCCUGUGACGCUGCAGUUCCAAGGGAACAAAUUCACCUUGUCACACAGCCAGCUCCGACAGCUCACCGCUGGCCAGCCCCUGCAGCUACAAGGCAGUGUUCUUCAGAUCGUGUCUGCGCCUGGGCAGUCCUACCUGCGACCUCCAGGCCCCGUGGUGAUGCAGACCGUGUCUCAGGCAGGAGCCCUCAACGCCCUGGGAAGCAAACCCCCAACCAGCGGCCCAGGCCCUGCACCCCUGACCCCGUCAGUGGGUGUGCCUGGUCGAGUGGCAGUCAAUCCCCUGGCUGCAGGAGAACCUGGAAUGGCCUCCAAGCCAGCCUCUCCCAUCGGAGUACCAACCCAGGAGGAGAAGACCAGACUUUUGAAAGAGCGGCUGGACCAGAUUUAUUUUGUCAAUGAACGGCGCUGCUCCCGUGCUCCCGUAUAUGGCAGAGAUUUGUUGGGGAUCUGUUCCCUGGCCAACAGAGAGCAGAUACCAUGGCACGGCUCUUUCGAUAGCAGUCACAGGAAGGGGGCUGGGCCAGCGAGCUGUUUCACGUCACCCUCCAAAAGUCAGAGGGACCUGAUUCUGACACUGACUCAACGUCAAGAAUCCCUCCAGGAUGUUAUCGACAGGGUGGUGUGUGUGAUCCCUCCAGUGGUGGCCGCGCCCCCCUCCUUGUGGGUGGCGAGGCCACCUUCCCUGUACAGCCACAGGAUGCGGAUCUUCAGGCACUGCCUGAAAGAGCACACGGCUCCCUACGCCCAGCAGCUGCAGCAGAUGACAGCUCUGCGCUCACUGCAGUUUCCGGAGCUGAGAUUGGUCCAGUUUGACUCAGGAAAGCUGGAAGCCUUAGCUAUUUUACUGCAGAAAUUGAAAUCUGAGGGACGUCGAGUGCUGAUUUUAUCCCAGAUGGUUCUUAUGUUAGACAUUUUAGAAAUGUUCUUGAACUUCCAUUAUCUCACCUAUAUAAGAAUUGAUGAAAAUGCCAACAGUGAACAGAGGCAGGAACUGAUGAGGAGUUUCAACAGAGACAGGCGGAUUUUCUGUGCCAUUCUCUCCACUCAUAGCCGUGCCACUGGCGUGAGCCUGGUAGAGGCAGACGCGGUGGUGUUCUAUGACAAUGACCUGAACCCUGUGAUGGACGCCAAGGCCCAGGAGUGGUGUGACAGGAUCGGGAGGCGCAAGGACGUGCACAUAUACAGGCUUGUGAGUGGCAAUUCCAUUGAAGAGAAAUUGUUGAAAAAUGGAACCAAAGAUUUGAUCCGGGAAGUAGCUGCUCAGGGAAAUGAUUACUCCAUGGCGUUCUUAACACAGCGGACUAUCCAGGAGCUGUUUGAGGUCUAUUCUCCCAUGGAUGAUGCUGGCUUUCCAGUAAAAGCUGAGGAGUUUGUUGUCCUUUCUCAGGAACCUUCCAUCACAGAAACCAUUGCACCCAAGAUUGCCAGACCUUUCAUAGAGGCCCUCAAGAGUAUUGAGUAUCUGGAGGAGGAUGCGCAGAAACCCGUGGAGGAAGCAGUGCCUGGGUCACCAGACUCCGACGGCUCACGGCGGAGCGAAGAGCCGUCGCAGCUGGAGGAGUUUGCUGACUUCAUGGAACAGCUCACACCAAUUGAAAAAUAUGCUUUGAAUUACCUGGAAUUAUUCCAUACUUCUAUUGAUCAAGAAAAAGAGAGAAAUAGUGAGGAUGCUGUGCUCACUGCUGUGAGGGCCUGGGAGGCCCAGAACGUGAGGGCCCUACGGGAGAGGGAGGCCAGGGCGCUGCGGGAGCAGGAGCAGGAGCAGCUUCUCACCUAUACGCGGGAGGAUGCCUACAGCGCGGAAUAUGUCUGUGAAGGUGCCGAUGGGCAGACGGAAGUCAUGCCGCUCUGGACCCCGCCCACGCCCCCGCAGGAUGACAACGACAUCUACAUCGACUCAGUCAUGUGUCUCAUGUACGAAACCACGCCCAUCCCAGAGUCUAAGCUGCCUCCCGUGUACGUGAGGAAGGAGCGUAGGCGACACAAGACAGACCCCUCAGCUGCAGGCAGGAAGAAGAAGCAGCGUCACGGGGAGGUGGUCGUUCCUCCUCGGUCGCUGUUUGACCGAGCAACACCAGGCAUGUUGAAGAUUCGACGAGAAGGGAAGGAGCAGAAGAAGAAUAUUCUUUUGAAGCAGCAAACGCAGUUUGCCAAGCCUUUGCCAACUUUUGCCAAACCAACAGCCGAGUCGGGUCCAGACAACCCCGAGUGGCUCAUCAGUGAAGACUGGGCGCUGCUGCAGGCCGUGAAGCAGCUACUCGAGCUGCCUCUGAACCUCACGAUUGUGUCCCCGGCUCACACACCUAACUGGGACCUCGUCAGUGAUGUCGUCAACUCCUGCAGUCGGAUCUACCGCUCUUCCAAACAGUGCCGGAACCGCUAUGAGAACGUGCUCAUUCCGAGAGAGGAAGGGAAGAGUAAGAACAACCGCCCUCUGCGCACAGGGCAGAUGUACGCCCAGGAUGAAAAUGCCACGCACACCCAGCUGUACACCAGCCACUUCGACCUCAUGAAGAUGACUGCUGGGAAGAGGAGCCCCCCCAUCAAACCUCUGCUUGGCAUGAAUCCCUUUCAGAAAAACCCCAAGCAUGCCUCCGUGUUGGCAGAAAGUGGAAUCAACUACGAUAAACCACUGCCUCCUAUUCAGGUUGCAUCUCUCCGUGCAGAGCGAAUUGCCAAAGAGAAAAAGGCUCUGGCGGAUCAGCAGAAGGCUCAGCAGCCGCAGGUGGCACAGCCCCCACCACCGCCACCACCGCCGCAGCCACAGCCGCAGCCUCCGCCGCCCCAGCAACCGCCUCCACCUCUGCCCCAGCCCCAGGCGGCGGGCAGCCAGCAGCCAACGGGGCCACCAGCCGUCCAGCCCCAGGCCCCUGUGCAGCCCCAGGCACAGCCCGCGCAGCCCCCACCCAAGGUGCCGCCUGUGAUCACGACGGUGGGCAAUGCCGCCGUGCUGCAGGCAGGAGCCAUUAAAACGUCCGUUGCAGGGACAAGCAUGCCAACGGGCGCAGUGAGUGGGAAUGUGAUAGUGAACACCAUCGCGGGCGUCCCUGCUGCCACCUUCCAGUCGAUUAACAAGCGCCUUGCUUCACCCGCAGCGCCUGGAGCCUUGACUACCUCUGGAGGCUCUGCUCCUGCCCAGGUGGUCCACACUCAGCCUCGAGCAGUUGGCUCCCCAGCUACGGCCACAUCUGACCUGGUGUCCCUGGCUCCAACUCAGGGUGUUCGAGCGGUGACCUCUGUGACAGCCUCGGCUGUGGUCACUACCAGCGUGACCCCAGUGCAGACCCUGACCCAGUCCUUCAUGACUCAAGUGUCCCAAGCCACAGGGGUUCAGCUUCCUGGGAAAACUAUCACGCCUGCACAUUUCCAGCUUCUCAGGCAGCAGCAGCAGCAACAGCAACAACAGCAGCAGCAGCAGCAGCAGCAGCAGCAGCAGCAGCAGCAAACCUCUCAGGUGCAGGUUCCGCAGAUUCAGGGCCAGGCCCAGUCGCCUGCACAAAUCAAAGCUGUGGGCAAGUUGACACCGGAGCACCUGAUCAAAAUGCAGAAGCAGAAACUGCAGCUGCCCCAGCAGGCCCCCACACCACAGGCCCCACCGGGGCCCCCGCAGCCGACGGCACAGGUGCAGGUGCAGCCCCAGCCACCCGCACAGCAGCAGAGCCCCCAGCUCACCACGGUCACGGCCCCGCGGCCCGGAGCCCUGCUCACGGGCACCACCGUGGCCAACCUCCAGGUGGCCCGGCUUACCCGGGUUCCCACUUUGCAGCUGUAGGCACAAGGGCAGACACAGGCUCAGGCGCCCCAGCCAGCUCAGGUGGCCUUGGUGAAGCCUCCAGUGGUGUCUGUGCCCACAGCCAUGGUCUCCUCGCUGAGCAUCAUGACCCCACCCACGGACGUUGCCGGGAUCAGUGUGGCCAUUGGGCAGCCACAGAAAGCCACAGGACAGACUGUCGUGGCCCAGCCCGUGCAUGUCCAGCAGCUGCUGAAGCUCAAACAGCAAGCUGUGCAGCAGCAGAAAGCCAUCCAGCCGCAGGCCGCCCCAGGCCCAGCGGCCGUUCAGCAGAAGAUCACUGCACAGCAGAUUGCUGCUCAGGGCCAACCACAGAAGGUCACCUAUGCCACCCAGCCAGCCCUUAAAACCCAGUUUCUUACCAGUCCCAGAAACUGGCAGGGACUCAGCAGAUUCAGACCCAGAGGCAGGUUGCAAAACUCCCUCAAGUUGUCCAACAGCAAACACCCGUGGCCAAUAUCCAGCAGGUCGCCUCUGCUUCGCAACAGGCUUCCCCACAGACUGUGACCCUCACCCAAGCGACAGCAGCUGGGCAGCAGGUCCAGAUGAUCCCGGCAGUGACUGCGACAGCGCAGGUGGUCCAGCAGAAACUCAUGCAGCAGCAAGUUGUAACGACAGCAGCGGCCCAGCUGCAGACCCCUGGUGUUCCCGACCAGCACAGGUGCCAGCCAGCUCUGAUAGCCCAAACCAGCAGCCCAAAUUACAAAUGAGAGUCCCUGCCGUCAGGUUAAAGACACCCACCAAACCUCCGUGCCCCUAGUCAGGAAAGCAGGACGGCCUCAGGGUGGGCCACCCUUGCAUUCCACCAUCUAGCCAAAAUCGAGUAGAUUUUAUUUAUUGAACCUUGGGACAAUGUCAUGUGAAAUGUAGUACCUGGAAAGCUCUAACUGAAACAAAGUCGUGUAAUUUUAUUACAAUGUGUCCUACCCUGCGGGAGCAGCAAUCCUCAUUGAACAUCCCUUUUCUGUAUUAUGUGACUAAUUGAAAAAGUAACAGUGGCAAUUUUUUGUAAAUCAUUUUACCUUUUGGUUUAUCCUCCAGGGCAGUAGUGCUGGGUCUUAAGCCAUUUAGAAUUUCCCUGUUAAGUGUCCAGUGUUUUGCACGUCACAGUAGCCAUUUGGAAUGUGCAGUGAGUCAUAAAACAAACUUUAUGAAGCCUAAACGUGGUCUUUGACAGCACCUGCCUUUGCUUGGCUCUUUAUACCUAACUGGAAAUGACCACAGUCCUUAGAGAGGAAGGAGACUGGCUAAGGUAGAUCAUUUCAGAUCAGAGAAGGCCAGUGUGGUUUCUUCCUUCCCUCCUGAAAUGUGACUUGUUUGAACUUUUAAAGGAAAUAUUUAGUACUGACACCCAUCGAAGCACAUUCUUGACAUGUUCCCGGCUUGUGGUGAAGGGAAACAACCUGUGAUUGAAUUUUCAUUCCAAAGAGCAGCCAGUGUGGCUU